UGAAUCCGGAAGAUGGACGACGAGAACAAAUGAAACGAAUGAGAAAAAUGCCUGUAUUCGACGGUCAAUCCACGAUGGUGAAAUAGCGAAACCAUAGCGGAGACACCCAUCAAUGGGUUCCCAUAUCUUAGACAUCCUUGGUCAGGGAAUAUGGGCUUCCUUGACCGGGGGGUGGUUUUACGACCCCCGUCAGAGUAUCUUUUGCAACACUUUCCACCUUUACCUGUGGAUGUUUUUCCUCGCAUUUCCACUAAUUCUACACCUUACCUUGAUACCGUCUAUCCUGGUGUGGACAGUGUACUGUGGAGUCAUCGCUUUGCUGUUCCUCCUCGUCAAGUUUGUCAACUUCAGGCUCCAUCACAUGUAUGACACCGGUGAUGUGGAUGAAGAAGAGUCUAAGUCCGAUAAGGGAAGCAAGGCCGGCUCCACUGAUUUGGCUAAAAGUAUUGAAAUCAGGGAUAAUGCAAAUUCUGAAGUAUUGAAAUGGUUCAACUUGACCGAAGAAGGGAGACAACUCCAGCUUUGGAGGGUGAACAUGGAUCCAGAAGGUUCAGGAGCCCACACUGACAAUAAAUUAUCUCACGGAGUUGCUCCCCUUGCUGAAAUUGAGGGUGAUGAUUUCAGCAACGAAACAGGAUCAGCAUCCCGGCACAGGCCAGAUAGCACAGAGAGCAGUCUGGAAAAUGCCCUGAAGUCGGACCUGCCACAUUCCAUAACCACCCAGGUUGAGGUGGAGAUCAACCCACACAUCCCAGACAACACUCCAGCAGAGAAGUCCGGAAGUAAUCCCCCCAGAUUGAGGGAAGAGAGUGACUCGGAUUUAUCCCCAGAAUAUAUUCCAAAGUUACGCUUACGCAGAGAAAGACGAGCAGUUCGCAGAUCAAAAAGUGCUCUUGAACCUAGUAAUGCUGGUUCCCAGUCUGAACCUAAGUCAGGGGGGAUACGCAUGUCUCUGCCUCCCCAUGCUCGUGUCCCAGUGAGCUCGGAACAGCUGCAGAGACAGAUCAGUGAUGGACAUAUGGUGAUGAGGAGGCUGGGCUCAGAUUCUAGGAUGGAUAGCCCAGCUGUCAAGAGACAGGAGAGGCAUGAAGCUGUGAGAAAUAGACUAAGGACUCCAAGUACUAGAUCUUUAGAAUUACUGAAGGAGAACUUGCCAAAGAGAUCCCAAAGUGUAACAAAUGAUGCCCUUCCCCAUGAACAGUUAAGACCUGUUGCUGUCAGUCGAAGUCCAUCAUUACCUCGCCCAGCAUCGUUGUCUUUGACAGCUGGUGGGAGUAGGCCCCGAAUGGUCCGACAUAGUCCCCAGUCUAGUGUCAGUGACUCUUCUGAUCUUAGUCUUGGUGAAAUAUAUAUCCCCUCUAUAGCAGAAAGGCCAUCUGUUCAAGGUCAAAGGUCAAGGCCAGGGAGUGGGGGAACGUCCAGUUCUGCUCACACAUUAACUGAACGAGGUUCGAGUCCUGCAAUCUCAGGUGGGGGUACAAAGAGUAAAGAUUUUGGAAUAUUUAAGAUCACUCGAUACUUACAAAGCAAUGAAGACCCGAGUAAGAGAGCCAAUCAUUCAACACAAAGCAGUGUAGUAGGGCUAGACUGGUUGUUCAGUACAGACAGUGAGUCUGCAACUUCAGGAGACAGCCAUUCACAGACUGAUGUGUCAGAGUCUACAAGCACAAUAACCAACGAGGGGGAAAGUUCGUAUGAUGUGAGCUCUGACCAACAGAACGCAGGGUAUCAGCCUCUAGCAGGUCUGGAGUGUACCACUACCCCCAGCAGCCCCAGCACUGAUGAGCUGGAGGUGAUGAGAAGCCAGGGAGCUAUCCCCAAACACUACCAGCGCAGGUCAGGACCAAGUGCUGCACCAGCAGGUGAUAUGUCAACCAGCCCUGGUUCAACAGAUUUAUCCGACCCAGAAGAAAUCAAGAAGAAGCUGAUAGAACUCCUGUGCAAAUCUCAGGACCAUCCAGAGGAACUGAAACGGUUCCGAGAGUAUGUUAGACUGCAGAAAAACCAGAACAAUAACAACAAUGAUGAACCGGACAAAGAGAAGCAGGAGGAGGCAUCUAAAGCAGAAAAAAUAAAGCAAGAGAAUGAAGAUAAGGGAAAAGCUGUUGAACAGGACAAUGGGGCGAUAGGAGGGGCCCCCGGGGGAGGGACCCCUGCCCCCAACAACACUGACGAGACUGAGUCCAAAUCCACCACCCCCACUGAAUUCUCAGCUCUGUUGCCUCUUACAGGGGAGAAGACACCAGAUAGUAAACCCCGGAAAGGAGUCAGGAGGCGAGGUGCUAAAAAGAGACUGGCUCAGCGUCGACGACGAGAUUCUCCCCCAGCAGCAGCCUUGACAAGCCUUGUGAUGAACACCGGCGGCCAUCUUGCCACUUCACAUAUGGACACGACAGAUGGUGCUGUCCAUUACUUUCAAGAUGAGAGUGGUAACUGGUUAACAUACACCUUUGGUGAGAACAGUUCCGGGGUUGCCUUGGGGAUGCUGGAGAACCAACAAGAGGAAUGGCAAAAUCAAGAGCAGCAUAACAAAAACCAAUGGUCUUCAGCCUCAACAUGCUCCGAUUCAACAGUAAUCCUGGACUCCCCGAAGCCAGAAGAGCGGCCCGAUUUGUUCCAUGACCUGGCUUUACCUGGCCCCCCUGGGGACGGCGGAGCACUACUGGAGAGUGGUCGGAGCAGGCCAACCAUCUCUGACACCUCGUCAGAUUCUGACACAACACACACUAAGUCAAAGAAGGAGAAGCCAAAACAUUUCUACAAACUGUGGUUGUUAAAGAAGAAGUUUUUGAAAAUCCGUUUUGAUAGACUUGCCCUUUUGGCAUUGUUAGAUAGGAGCUUGUCUGUGUUUGAGAACAUUGUAGCUGUGCUCAUGGCGGUGGCUGUCGGUGCUCUCGGUGCUCUAGUCUUGUCGUGGAACUUCUACCAUGACAUCUGGAUAUUUGUCUUCUGUUUUAUCAUUGCUGGCUGCCAGUACUGCUUGCUCAAGAGUGUACAGCCAGAUGCCUCCUCUCCAAUGCAUGGCUACAACAGAUUGAUAGUGUUCAGCCGUCCAUUCUACUUCUGUCUGUGUUGUGGCCUGGUGUUGUUGCUGGACUAUGCAAGUGACCGUGUCGGGAACCAUCCCAUUUCCAUCUACGGGAUGCCUUUUACAGCUGAAUCUUCUCUCAUAUUUGCUCGAGAUUUACUCAAGAUCUUCAUCCUGUGUUUCCCGCUGCUGUUUACGGCAGGGCUUCUACCUCAGGUCAAUACGUUUAUCAUGUACAUGCUAGAGCAGAUCGACAUGCAUGUCUUCGGGGGCAAUGCAACGACAGGCCUGGUUGCCUCAGUGUAUUGUUUGUGUAGAAGUGUGUUUGCUGUUGCCCUGCUCUAUGGCUUCUGUUAUGGAGCUCUCUUGGGUGUGGGAACGGAACAUACAUGUGGGGAGACUGUGGAACGAGAGGCAGCUCAGAAUGUUCUGUUCUCUGUGUUCUGUGGUGUGCUGGUAGCUGUCUCAUAUCACCUCAGUCGAAGUGCAAGUGACCCCAGUGUGCUGUGGAUGAUGAUCAAGGACUGUGUUGUGCGACGAGAGGAGGAAAAAACGGAGGAAAAACAGGAUGAGAAGGAGGAGGAGCUGGUUGAUCCACUUCCAGGCAAACUGAAGACAUGUGUGAGUGAGAGACUACAGUCGGAUCUGCUGGUGUCCGUGUUCAUCACUAUCUUCGUGUUUGCUGUCCACGUCAGUACCGCCUUCACCAGUCCUGUGUUGCAGCCCCUCCUGAGUGACAUCCUGUAUUACCUGGCAGCCAGCCUGGGGCUGGUCAUCCAUUACAUCAUCCCCCAGCUGAGGAAGGAGAUGCCCUGGCUGUGCUGCUCCCACCCUGCCUUCCAGAGCAGGGAGAGGAACUACUUUGAAGUCAAAGAACCAGCCAAGGUGAUGUGGUUUGAGAAGAUGUACGUGUGGUUGAGAUUCUUCGAGCGCAAUGCCAUGUAUCCUGUUGUUUGUCUCUGUGCCUUAACUACCUCAGCUCCAUACAUCGUGUGCAAGUUCAAAAACUUUAUUGGUCCCCUGAUUGUGGUGGUGUGUGCGUUGAAGAUGCUGAGGUUUGCGUUCUCCGACACCCCCAGGCAGUACAUGAUCCUCACCUUCACCGUCUUCUUCUUCAAGUAUGACUUCAGGUGGUCAUCCGAGAAAAUCCUCAUCGACUAUUUCUUCAUUUCCAUCUUAUUUUGCAAGUUCUGUGAUCUGUGGUUGAAGAUGAAGUUUAUCAUUACAUACAUCGCACCAUGGCAGAUAACUUGGGGGUCUGCCUUUCAUGCCUUUGCACAACCUUUCAGUGUGCCUCAUUCUGCAAUGUUGUUUCUUCAGGCAGCUAUUUCAGCUUUUCUUUCCACCCCUCUAAACCCAUUCCUGGGCAGUGCUAUUUUCAUCACAUCGUACAUCCGACCAGUCAAGUUCUGGGAGAGAGACUACAAUACCAAGCGGGUGGAUCACAGCAAUACACGCCUUGCCUCACAGAUAGAGAGAAAUCCAGGUGCUGAUGACAACAACCUCAACUCCAUCUUCUAUGAGCACCUGACUCGGUCACUACAGCACAGCCUGUGUGGGGAUUUGAUGCUGGGACGCUGGGGCAACUACACCCAGGGAGACUGCUUCAUCAUGGCCUCCGACUACCUCAACGCUCUUGUACAUAUCAUAGAAACAGGCAACGGGCUUGUCACAUUCCAGUUGAGGGGAUUGGAGUUCAGAGGUACCUACUGUCAACAGAGAGAGGUGGAAGCUAUCACUGAGGGAGUAGAGGAGAAUGAAGGAUUCUGUUGUUUUGAGCCAGGCCACUUACCACAUUUCUUGUCUCUGAACGCGGCUUUCAACCAGCGGUGGUUGGCAUGGGAGGUUGUGGUGACAAAGUAUGUACUUGAGGGCUACAGCAUCUCCGACAACAGCGCCGCUACCAUGCUGACAGUCUUUGAUCUCAGGAGAGUGCUUAUCACAUAUUACAUCAAGAGUAUAAUAUAUUACACUGUGCGGUCGCCGAGGCUGGAGCAGUGGCUGACAGACGACGCCAUCAGGGAGGCAUUACAGACCACCACCGAUGACGAUUACACCGACCUUGACCCCACCUUCAACAUGCAUGUAGAUGAUGACUACGACACCAAACUGUCGGGCAUUUCCAGACGCUCGUUCUGCGCAGUGUACCUUCAAUGGAUACAGCACUGUGCGUCACGGAGAGAGAAUAGUGUGGACAGUGAUAAGGGCUCCAUGCUGGUAUCUCUAUGCUACAGCCUCAGUCUCCUGGGUCGUCGCGCCCUAGCUUAUGCCUCUCACAACAGUGCCUCAGCAAGGUCAGUCCACAGGAGUCACAAGUUUCAAGCUGUUGAUUUCUUCCUGUUUGGCCUCCAUGCCCUCUUUAAGGGGGACUUGCGGAUCACCUCUCAGCGGGACGAGUGGGUGUUUGCUGACAUGGAGAUGAUGAGGAGGGUGGUGGCCCCAGCUAUCAGAAUGUCACUCAAACUCCACCAGGAUCACUUCACAUCACCUGAGGAGUAUGAAGAUCCCCGUGCCUUGUACGAUGCCAUCACUUCCCAUGAAAUGAACAUGGUCAUAUCACAUGAGGCUGACCCGGCCUGGAGGAAUGCGGUGCUCUCUAAUGUCCCAUCUCUUCUUGCCCUUCGACAUGUGUUUGAUGAAGGAUCAGAUGAAUACAAGAUCAUCAUGCUCAACAAGAGAUACCUCAGCUUUAGGGUUGUCAAGGUGAACCGUGAGUGUGUCCGAGGCUUGUGGGCAGGGCAGCAGCAGGAACUCAUUUUCCUGAGAAAUAGAAAUCCAGAGCGAGGCAGCAUCCAAAACGCAAAGCAGGCUUUGCGUAACAUGAUCAACUCCUCGUGUGAUCAGCCGAUUGGGUACCCCAUAUAUGUGUCCCCUCUCACCACCGCCUACUCUUCCACUCACCAACAGCUGGCUGCCAUCAUUGGAGCAGAGUUUAUCCUCGCCAAUGUCCAAAAAUUCUUUCAAAAUGUUUGGAAAAGGUUGAGGCGGCGAUGUGAUGCGACAUGUGCAGGGGGUAGUUCAGCAUUCCAGGAUGACCACAUGUACAGCGUCAGUCCCCCUCAUCAGUAUGCAGCAGCAGCAGCUCUAGGUUCCACAUGUUCUGGCCCAGGGUCGACUCCAACUAACCAGCCACAGGAUAUCCCCCUCCAGAGUCUGGGUAACCGAGGGAGCCUCAUCUCUACCGCCAGCACUGCCAGCAAGCCUAGUGCCCUGGCAUCUCUAGCCAACCUCAUCGGGGACUCCGCAGCAAAUAAAGACCCCCUGCCUCACAGAGUCAGGGUUUUGGACACCAGUCAUGUGUUUGAUACCGUGAAUCUCGGAAGGAGAAUAGAUGUUCAGUGGCCAAAUGACGAAUGGCGUCAGCAUGGAGGCAAGAAUACUUGGAAAGACUGGACACCCUGUAAAGGCAUGGAGGGGAUUGUGGUUCAUCGCUGGGUGCCAGGUCAUCGCGACCCCAAUCGGCGCUCUCAUGUAGACAAAACAAUAUUAUUGGUUCAGGUUGGAGAACAUUAUGUGCCAAUAGCAGAGAACGGUAUCACAGACUUGGGAGCGGAAGUAUGACAGAGGGGGACUUAUGCUUUUAAAACCUGUGAUAAUUUAAAAUAAAAUCCUACCGUGUGGCUAUGUGUAUCCAAGAGGCCCAGAAGAAUGGUGGAUGAUCAAGCAGGAAGUGUUUGGCAGUAGAAUGAUUGGCCACAGAGGUGUGCCAUGUGUUCACUGUUUGAGGAGUUUCAAACAUGCAGGAAGUACA